AUGCGUCUGGUCAUCCGCGAAGACCCCUCAUCGGCGUCUCAGUACGCUGCCGAAUACAUCAUCAAACGCAUUAAUGCCUCCGCCCCGACACCGGAAAAGCCGUUUGUCCUCGGUCUGCCGACGGGCAGCAGCCCCCUGACGAUAUACAAGAUCUUUGUCGAAGCCUACCGGGCCGGCCGGAUCUCGUUCCGCAAUGUCGUCACCUUCAACAUGGACGAGUACGUCGGCCUGCCGCGCGAGCACCCCGAGUCGUACCACUCCUUUAUGCACAAGCACCUCUUCAAGCACGUCGACAUACAACCCGCCAACAUUAACAUGCUCGACGGCAACGCCGCGAGCCUGAGGGAAGAGUGCGCUGCUUACGAGGCCAAGAUCAAAGCCGCCGGCGGCAUCGAGCUCUUCCUGGGCGGUGUGGGCAGCGAUGGGCACAUUGCCUUCAACGAGCCCGGGUCCAGCCUGGCCAGCCGGACCAGAGUCAAGUCCCUGGCGGACGAGACGAGGCUGGCGAACGCGCGCUUCUUUGGUGGCGAUGUCGAGGCCGUGCCCAGCAUGGCUCUGACGGUGGGCGUGCAGACGGUCAUGGACGCGCGGGAGGUCGUCAUCAUCGCCACGGGCCCGUCAAAGGCGCUGGCCAUCCAGCAGGCCGUCGAGGGCGGCGUGAGCCACCUGUGUACGCUGUCGUGUCUGCAGAUGCACCCUUGCAGCAUGGUGGUUGUGGACAACGACGCGACGGCCGAGAUGAAGGUCAAGACGGUGAAUUACUUCCGUGGUGUCGAGAGCACCAUCCGCAAAAAGCAAUACUCGGCAAAGUCAGACCCGCUCGAGCCGAUGAUGCUCACCCCUGACUCGCCAGAGUCAUUACCGGCCGAUAAUGACGACCUGCAGCCAGACAACAUGGCCUCGCGGAUCAAGUGGUCGGGAAGGCUGGCUGCCAGAUCUGCCACCAUGCCGAUCUCGAUGUACUAG